AUGGACAAAAUUCAAAUCCGCACGAUUUUCUUGUUCCAGUUCAAACUAGGCCGAAAAGCUGCCGAGACAGCUCGUGAUAUCAAUGAUGCGUUUGGCCCAAGAUCCACUAACGAACGUGUGGCACAACGGUGGUUCAAGAAAUUUCGCAAUGGUGACGAGAGCCUCGAAGAUGAAGACGGUCGCGGCCGGCCGACUGCGGUUGAUAACGAACAUUUGAAAGCCUUAAUUGAAGCCGAUCCUCGCAAAACCACACGAGAAGUUGCUGUUGAACUCGAGGUAGACCACUCAACAGUCGUUCGCCAUUUAAAGCAAAUAGGGAAGUCAAAAAAGUUGGAUAAAUGGGUGCUGCAUGAAUUGAACGAUAAUCAAAAAAAUCGUCGUUUUGAGGUGUCUUCUACGCUUCUUCUGCGCAACAAAAACGACCCAUUUCUCGAGCGGAUUGUGACGUAUGAUGAGAAGUGGAUCCUCUACGACAACCGGCGACGUUCGGCACAGUGGUUGGAUGCUGGAGAAGCUCCACAACACUUCCCGAAGCCGAAAUUGCACCAAAAAAAGGUUAUGGUGACUGUUUGGUGGUCUGCGGCCGGUCUCAUCCAUCACAGCUUCUUGAAUCCGGGCGAAACGAUUACGGCGGAGAAGUACUGCCGACAAAUUGACGAAAUGCACCAGAAGCUCCAACAAGCUGAACGAAUUGGGCUACGAGACUCUGCCUCAUCCGCCAUAUUCAUCGGACCUCUCGCACACCGAUUAUCACUUUUUCAAGCAUCUCGACAACUUCCUGCUGGAAAAAUGCUUCAAAAGCCGAGAUGA